GUCCCUCCCCGAGGACCCGCCUCUCUUCCGGUCCCGCUUAUAGGCCGGAGUGCUUUAGCUGUGCUUUCUCCCGCUGUCACCUUUGGCAGAAAAUCCGAGCCACCCCUCAGGGCGCGGAGACACGCGCUCCUGAUAGCCUGUCCCCGGAAGUGAAGCUAGAAAGGCCCUCCCCUGAGGAAGUGACAGCAGGAGUGCCCUUGACGGGCGGGGAGGGCCGGGCUGUGCAUCCCUCCGCUUGUGCUGCAGGGAGAUGGCUCAGCGACUUCUCCUGAGGAGGUUCCUGGCCUUGGCCAUCUCCAGGAAUCCCCCUCAAGGUCGAUGGGCACCGCUCACAUCUGGGGCCCUACAGAUCCCACAGUACCAUCCUGGUGGCCUGGCAGCAACACUCAGCCCAGCCCGGACAGUACACACCACCAGAGCCUGUACCACAACCUUUAACAUCCAGGAUGGGCCCGACUUUCAAGACCGAGUUGUCAACAGUAACACACCAGUGGUUGUGGAUUUCCACGCACAGUGGUGUGGCCCCUGCAAGAUCCUGGGGCCGAGGUUAGAGAAGAUGGUGGCCAAGCAGCACGGGAAGGUCGUGAUGGCCAAGGUGGAUAUUGAUGACCACACAGAUCUCGCCAUUGAGUAUGAGGUGUCCGCUGUGCCCACCGUGCUGGCCAUCAAGAAUGGGGACGUGGUGGACAAGUUUGUGGGCAUCAAGGACGAGGACCAGCUGGAGGCAUUCCUGAAGAAGCUGAUUGGCUGACCAGCAGGGAAGUGUCCUGACUGCCCUACCCACCUGGGACCGCAUGGUCCCAGGGAGGGGGCCCUGACAGAAAUCCCAGCCCUUCUGUGGUGCCCCUCCUACUGUCUCCCUCUGCCUGUCCCCUGGAGGCCUGUGCUUAGGAGACCAGGCCUCCAGAAAUGAGAGGCAAGAGUGCUGCCAGGCCACGGGGUGGCUGUCAGGGGAGGUGCUGCUGCUGACCUGGGACAGCCAUCUUCCUGUCCACUCCCUCUGUGUCUACUCCUUCCAGGGCUGGGGCAGUCCCCUCAAGAGGCAGGGAGCCACCCUGGCUGUGGUGGGGUGGGGUGGCCUGCACGUGACCCUUGGGGCCGGAACACCCUGGUCUUCAUCUGCUUGGCCCCUUAGGAUCUGAACCCAACCCUGGCUCGUCUGCCUCCUGCCUUUUUCUCUCCUGCUACUGCUUUGUAAAAAGAAAAAGAAGGAAACCAGAAAUCCAAAUAAGCGAGAGUAAUAUAUAUAUAUAAUUCUCUGAUUUUUUGUAGGUCUAUAAUAAAGAGCUUUAUGGUCCCUUCUGCCUUCUGUGAAGAACAGACCCUGGGCCUCACUCUGAAAUUACCCAGUCACCACCGCCCCCCAAAGGCCACCUCCUUCUCCUCCCACCCUCCCUUCCAGGCAUGAGGGCUGAAAGCAAGUCAUGGGCUGGGGGACCUGCAGACUCAUGGUUCUGGAAGGUUCCAGGUACCACCUACCCAUUUGCUGGCCCUUCAGGUCUCUGAGCAGGCGGCUGAACUGUGAACAAAUCAGACCAAUAAAACGAGGGUUUGUACUGUU